AUUUUGGAGGCGGCUGGCCGUGAGGGCGCGGGCGCCAUCUUGAGGCUGAGGGGAGGCGGGGGUUUGGGGCGCUGGCUGGGGUUAAACCCGUCCUCAGGCCGUGAACAGGGCUUAGCAGGGCUUCACCUGUCCCUGUGGUCGCUGUCCUUGUCCUUAGGCUGUCUGAGGGAGCGCCACCGCAUCCCCUCACACCUCCGUGCUGUGCCUUGAGCCUGGCCCAGGCCGGGAUGGCGGCCCUGAGGAGAUCCCUGAGCCUCGUGCCACCUCAUCGCCUGCACACCGCCUGCGUCCAGGCCAACUCCAACCGGGUGGCCGUGUCCCGCCUGCAGCGCCAGGCCUACGGCCGCCAGUACCCGCUGCUGCUGGUCAGGCCCGACGGCUCCACCAUCCACAUCCGCUACAAGGAGCCCAAGAAAAUCCUCAUGUUGCCCCUGGACAGCAACACCCUGCCCGAGGCGGAGAGAAAGGCCCGGCUGCGGCGCCAGUUCCCCACCAAACUGAGGGCCAGGGAGGAGAAGGACGCCUUCGACGAGCUGGACAUGGAGAAAUACAAGAAAUUCUGGAAAAAGUGACGCCGCGAAGCUCUGGGCAAAAAGUGAGGCAG